UCUGCCUGAGCAGCCACAGGCCCGCAGGGCUCGACUGCUCGGGUCUGGCGAGUCAGGCGCGGGAAAGCCGAGUUUGAAGCCGGUGGCUGCCUCGUCCCUUGACGCUGCCGCGAGCAGCCAUGUCCGAGGCGUAUUUACCGGUGGAGUCCGGCGCCCUGGGACCCGAGGAGAACUUCCUGUCCUUGGACGACAUCCUGAUGUCCCAGGAGAAGCUGCCGGUGCGCGUCGAGACGUCCAUGCCGCGCCUGGGCGCCUUCUUCCUGGAGCGGGGCGCGGACGCCGAGUCGGACCACGCGCUGCCGCAGGGCACAAAGCUUGAGCUUCCCCUGUGGCUGGCUAAAGGACUCUUCGACACCAAGCGGCGCAUCCUUUCUGUGGAGCUUCCCAAGAUGUACCAAGAGGGAUGGAGGACUGUGUUCAGUGCAGACGCUAACGUCGUGGACCUCCACAAAAUGGGGCCCCAUUUCUACGGGUUUGGCUCCCAGCUUCUGCACUUUGACAGUCCAGAGAAUGCAGAUAUCUCCCAGUCUCUGCUGCAGACUUUUAUUGGACGGUUCCGCCGCAUCAUGGACUCCUCCCAGAAUUCUUACAAUGAAGACACUUCAGCACUGGUCGCCAGGCUGGAUGAGAUGGAGAGAGGCUUAUUUCAAAUAGGGCAGAAAGGGCUGAAUGACUUUCAGAGCUGGGAAAAGGGUCAGGCUUCUCAGAUCACAGCGUCCAGCCUCGUUCAGAAUUAUAAGAAGAGAAAGUUCACUAAUAUGGAAGACUGAACAGCACUGCAACUCGUGGAUUUAUCUCUGUGUCCCUGACAAGACCUAGUUAACUUCAUGGGUGACCCAACUGUGGACUGCUUCAGGGCUUUUGACCUUCAGCAGGCUCCGAGCUUGGAACUACCUGGUUGGGGGCAGAUGUGCAUGCCCUUGAUCCUGUUGGUCUUCCUGGACUUCAGUUACCUGCUGUUCCACAGCGAGGCCUUUUGACCCAAGAAUGCCGCUGAGGAGCCAGAGUUCAUCUGAAAGAAGGAUCUUGGACAUAGACAUAGUCAAGUUGGAACUGGGAUUCCUCAGGUGCCUGGUCUUGUUGGCUGCAAAGGACAAGUACAAAGUGGGUCAUCUCUGCCUGUUCACAAAUUUCUCUUAAGCUUAUUUGCCUCACCUUCCUCAUGGUUGGACAAAGGAUAUCAUCCCCACCAUGCUGCCCACCUGCUGGGACUUACCCCAGUUUCCAAAACGGUACAUUGGGAGGAAAGGGAAGUCAGCUGAGUGGCAGAGCAGAAAGGAGACGACGUUGAGCUCUUGGGCCCUGUAAUCCGGGCUUUUGAACUAGAGUCACAUCCCUUCAGUCCACCAGAGGGGCCGUGGUGUGUCUGUCAGUGAUCUCUAGAGCACUGGCACUUGUUCCAUUCCCCGUCUAGAAAAGCUGUCAGGGGGGUGUUAGGAGUUGGAAAGUAGUUAUUAAAGGGUGUUUACCAGCCUUUGUGAUAUCUACAUCAGGGGCUUACACUGAAGAGCCUCGGCUGAAAAACAGCCUGGUAAGUGUUAGUAGGGAAGACUCCUUCUUUACAUUUUUUUUCUCCAGGGUUAACUACUGCAACAUUAAUGCAAAGAGGACCCCUGACCACUUACUGGGAAUCUGUUUAAAAUUGCACCCGAGGGAUGAGUUCUCCAGACCCUAGGCUAUCACUGGCAAAAGCCUCAUUUCCUAGGGCCAUUUGGAUUGUCUGGUAGGCAGUUUCUCCAUACCACUGGCCACCCCUGGCAUCCUACAGCUACUGGAAAAUAUCUUCAUUGUAAUUACAGAGAGAUUUGGGUGCCCAGAUCACUAAUAUUUUAGUGGAUGCUUAAAAUGACAGAUGCAUGUAAAUGUCUGUCUUAGCACAAAAUUGUUUUUAUCAUUUGACUUCAUUUUAAUUAAAUGAUGGGCUUUGCAUUUUGUACAUGUGCUGUCUAGUUUCCAGGCUGCCGGGAAUCAGCAAGUCAUCUAAGGGUGUGUUCUUUGAUCUUAUUUGACUGUAAUGCUCAAAUCUGUGUUUCUACAACUGCAUUUCUGUUUGUACAAUAUGCAUAAAUACUAGGAACAUUUUCUGGGAGUGUGCUCUGCCCUAGCAAAAUGACACUUUGUUUCUACCACAGCUUUUAUGCACGUUCAGGGCCCAGGAACCAGGGGCAAAGAGUGUGUUAGCCUAGCUUUUGGCGGCUCUGCUUUCGCAGGUAGCUUUGUUUUUAAAGAUAAUACUGAGACUGCUGAUUAUCUUUCUUUUUAAAAAGCAUAAAACAAGUUUCCUCAAAGGCCACAUAUUCAGAACUUGUUUUAAGUUUUGAACAGAUUAUACCAUACACAGUUUUCAAACCCAUGUUCAGUUGCAGUGUCCUUCAAGUCUGUCGGACUAUUCGUCAUCCCAGAAACCACCCCUCCCCAGUUCAGGUUUCCAGGUAAUUGUU